AUGGUUGCGACGCGCUCCAAAACGGCGCCGCAGCCGGGCCAUGACUUCCUCUCCCACCCUUCCGAGGACGAGCUCAUCACAUCGUUUCUCCGCCCCCGGGUCGCCUCCGCCGACUGGUCGUGUAAGCUCAUCCACGACGCCGACGUCUACUCCGCCGGCCCCGCCAGCCUCACGAACGAGUUCGCCCCGGCGAUCGCGAGCAACGGCGACAAGGCGUGGUACUUCUUCUCCGCCGUCAGGGCCAAGAGCCGCUGCGGCCAGCGCAAGGCGCGCACGGUGGACACGGGGGAAGGGUGCUGGCACUCGGAGGCCGGCGCGAAGCCCGUGGUCGAGCAGCCCUGCCGACGCCUAGGGCAUCGGCAGAGCUUUUCGUUCGUGACGAUGGUGGACGGCCGGCGUGUCCGGUCGGGGUGGCUGAUGGUGGAGGUCGGCAUCGACGACGCCGAAGACAUGGUCCUAUGCAAGAUAUACUUCAGCCCGCGCGCGCACCCCGCCGGGAGAACCGCCGUGGCGUUGUCGGCCGGGCGCAAGAGGAAGGCCGCCGUCGCCGACAAGAACCCAGCCCCGGUGCCCCAACGACGCCGUGUCCGUCCGACCGAGGAAGCCGUUGCCGAAGAGAAAGACAACACCCAAGGUGGCGGGCUCGUUGGCGACAACUCGGUGGCCGACGAUCCGGAAGCGCUCUGGACAGACGACUCGAGCUUCUCUCGGUACAUGAGGAACAAGGAUCGGGUUCUCGCGGAGGCCGACCACGUCGACCGGCCUGACGCAGAACUCCAAGCAGACCUCGGGCUCGGGGAUUUCAUGCGAUUGUUGAAUAGUCCUGGGAAGGACCGCUAUGAGCUGCCGCCGCCGAGCCCUUCCUCGACCGUCGGCGACAGGGGCUACCCAGCGUGCUUGUCGCUGGAAGAGCUGAUCGCGCCCAGCUCGCGCUGGUGUUGGUUCGGUGGUUGA